UGGGAUAGAAUAUACGCCAUGAGAUUGUAGACUCGGGCACUCUCAACAACUUGAGAAAUUCAGAAGAGGAUAGCCAAUAUAUAACUUCAUGAAUGGAAGGUGUAAUCCAGGACUUAGAAAACACAGAAACAAUCACUAUCAGCCUCGAGGAUGCUGCUCAGAUUAUUCUACAGGAACAGGGCAUCCCCAUGGAUGGAUCGGGUACCGUACACAUUCCCCCAGGUACCUACCAUAUCCUCACCCAGGAUGGGGCGCAGAUCUCCACCGAUGGCACGCUUGUAUCCGAGGGAGGGGCUAUGGAUGCUGUCGGUAUAACUGUCAUACAAUCUGGUGAUGACAUUACUGGAUAUGGAACAGAGGCGUCCGUUUCCGGGGAGCUGACUGGAGGAGAUGAAGCAAUACAGGUACAAGCGAUCGGGAAUGGAACUGAUUUGGAACAACAGAACGGCACCAUUCAGUUGAUAAACAUCCAACAGUCACAGAAUGAAGGUGGGGAACAGGUCUUCCAGGUGUAUAACCCCAAUGAGGAACAGCCUGUCACGACUCAAAUAUUACACCCUACAUCCAUAGUUACACAGACCCAAAUUCUACAGUCGGAGCCAAACCUUUUACAGUCACCCUCAAUUGACACUCAGAUCCAAGUAUUGCAGUCAGAGGCAAACCUAUUACAGGCAUCAACAAUGGUCACACAAGUACAAGCAUUACAAUCAGAGGCCAGCUUAUUAGAGUCGUCUGCGAUGGUAACACAGUCGCAAGUGCUUCACUCAGAUGUGACCCUAUUACAACCAUCAUCGAUCGUCACACAGGCACAAAUUAUGCAGUCAGAGGCAAACUUAUUAGAGUCAUCAACGCUUGUCACAGAGGCCGAUGACCAACAGUCAUCUGGAAUUGUGACCACAGCACAGAUUCUGCAGCCUAAAUCAGCACGACAGUCUGAGACAGAUAAGCUACCUGGCCAGAUUUCUUUGCUGCGACAACCACAAGUUGUUCUUGAAAAUGUGGAAAAAGAAGGUGAUAGUAAUGAAAUUAACCAAGACUCUUCAGAAUCACAAGGAACACAAUCUAUCCAGAUGUCAGUGGUAGCAGAGGGGUCAGAGAUUACUCAGAACCCAGAGGUCAACGCGGUCACAGAGAACACUCACGUCAAUAUCUAUGUAGAACCAACCCAAUCUGGUAAUACGCCCAGUGAAACCACACAGACUAACAUUACACCAGUAUCAAAAGAAGAAGGUAAACAACUUGAUCUAUCCAAGCCGAUUGCUGUGACAGACAGUACUGAAGUAGUGAUAAAUGGAAAGAAAUGUAUUUUGAUGGCUAACCCUACCACCGGGGAGCUGUGUGCCUACCCAGUGCUGCCACCUCCUGGAAAGAAAAAGCGAGGACGUCCCCGUAAAGAACAAAAGCCAGACACACCAUCUGAUUCACCCAAGGGUACAUUAGCCCAAAUCAAAGCCAUGCCCCCACAGGACAAGGACCAGAACAGUGCCGCAGAAGGCCUGCUAGAACUAGGCAAUACUGAUCCUGAUGGGGUAAGACGGAGUGGACGAGUAAGGAAGCAGGCUUCAUCACUGCAUGACUAUGAGGUGCUAGAGUUAUCCAGUGAUUCAGGAGGUGAAGAAGAUGAAAAUGAGAUGAAAAGGAGGAAAGUGGAUGACAAAAACUAUGUACCACUGACACCGUACUUGUUGCCAAAUACAGGUAUAAAAAGGGGACGUGGUCGCCCCAGGAGAUACCCACCUCCAGGUCAGUCCAGCUCAAACACACAGAUCCCUGCAGUGAUUAUCCCUGGAGCCAAUGGUCAGACUAUCAUGAUGGCCCCAAUACAGGGACUGUCCAACCUCCAAGCAUUCCAGGAACAGGUGAAGGCCUUACCUAAUCUUGUGGCUCGUCCAGAGGAUGUAGGGGAUGAGGAAAACGGCUCCCAUGAGGUCACACUCAAUGAAUCUGACCUCUCUCUGGACACAGAAGAGAGUACACUGGCUGAUGUGGCUGCUUCAGCAGAGGCUGGAGUGAUCUUACCCAUCCCAAGAACAGAGGCUGGCAGUAAAACUGGAGGGGCUGAAACUUCUGAACAACCAACAAUCAUACAAAUACCAGAAAACCUGUUGUCAAUGUUCUUACCCAAGAAAGAUCCUGUCAAAAUAGGUCUGAAGGCAUCUGAGAGUGACCUGGAGAAGUUGAAGUGCUCCAAAUGUGAUUUCCAAGCCUAUUACCUACAGCAGUACCAGACGCACAUAGCAUCACACACUGACGACGUCCACAAGUGUAAAUGUUGUAACUACGUCACAUUUGACAUGAACAAUCUCCUUUCUCACUUUAAGGAAAAUCAUCCAAGAUGUAUUUGCACCGAGUGUGACUUUAUGGCGGAACAUGCGUACAUCAUCAAAAGACACAUGAUGCGACACAGUGCCAACGGCUGUACAUGCGACUUGUGUGGGAGGGUGUAUAAGGAUCAUUAUAUCCUGAAAAUGCAUAUCAAGAUGGUACAUAUGCCAGCCGAGAUCCUGUUCGAAUGCACAGUCUGCUCCAAGAAGUUCACAAGAAAGGCCCACCUGAAGCGCCACUUACGGAUCCAUGAGCCUGAAAAACCAUUCAAAUGCCCUCAUUGUGAUUACAGGGGCUGCGAGAGAUCUGACAUUUCCAAGCACCUGUUGAUCCAUGAGGAGCCUAAACAUUUGUGUGAAGUUUGUAACAAGGCUUUCAGACACUUGAAGAACAAAGAACUGCACCUCAAAAGACAUAAUGGGCAAAGGGACUACAAAUGUGGGGUAUGUGACUUCUACGGGUAUACAUUCACUGACAUCAGGAAACACAUCGAACGCAAGCAUGCUGACAUCAAAACUCUCGUCUGUGAUAAAUGUGGAUCAGCCUUUAAAUCGGAGAGCUUUCUACGGGAACACCAGAAACAACAAUGUGAGGUGUUUAUGAUCGAACAGGCCCUGGCCAUCGCUAAUUCUGGUGGAGGUACAAGUCAAGCGACCAUACAGAUUCCCUCGUCCUCUUUCACCGUUGAUGGGUCACAGAUCCUUAUCGAUGGUCAACAGAUUGUGACUGAAGGAGGGGAACCAGUCAAUAUUACAGUGAAACGCAUCUCAAUGCCAGAUGAGGAUGAAGAGAACGUCACACUGACUGAAGUCACAGAGGAACAGCUUCAGGGUACUCUGGACGUCUCCAACAUUUCUGUAUCACAGGCCCAGGUGAUCACCGGUGAGGAGCUAGACGGGGACUACAUCGAGGGGGUAGAGGAAAUCUCCCGGGAGGGUGAGGAAGAUAUCCCCGGGGAGGAGGAGAUAACUAUGGAGGAGCUGAGGGUUGGGGCUAUCACUGUGGAUGGGGGACAGGUCAUUGAGGCCCAUGAGGUGGAGGGACUGGUUGAAAGUGAACUGGAGGAGACCGCCAUGGAUAUUUCACAGGAGGAGGAAGAGCUUUCUAUCGCAAUGGUGUAACUAUUUCUGUAGAAACAUACACACGUGAAAGUGAACUGGAGGAGACAGCCAUGGGUAUUUCACAGGAGGAGGAGGAACUUUCUAUCGCUAUGGUGUUACGUACUAUUUCUGUAACAAACAUUCUCUGUGAACAACCAAAUGGACUUGCACACAUGGAUGUUCUUUUCUGAAUUUUAGUCAAUGCCGUAUCCUAAAGUGGCAGAUUGUUAUGCACUCUGGUGCGGUGAGUUUCCAGACUGAGCCUCUGCCUCUAACUUGUAUAGUGUAAAACAGUUCUAUGAAGGUCAUAGAGAGGACACAUCUGCUGUGAUAAUGACUUCAUCAUACCAGAAUCUUAAAGACAUGCUUCCGUAUCUAGGAUUCUGCAAGAAGCUCUGUGAAUCGGUUUCAAACAUUUAAAGCCUUUGAUGAAAGAUUAUUGAAAAGUGAAACCUGUACUUUUAUAACUCUUUCAUUGAUGUUCAUUUCUGAAGGGUGUUACUAAUGCCCUGUCCGUUGUUUUAUUACCAAUCUUUCAUUACUGAAGGGUGUUACUGAUGCCCUGUCCGUUGUUUUAUUAUUAAUCUUUCAUUACUGAAGGGUGUUACUGAUGCCCUGUCUGUUGUUUUAUUAUCAAUCUUGAGUAAUAUUUAAGCUCAAAAAAUAACAUCCUGUGAUUUCACAAUUUUGUUUUAUUACAAAUUUUUCCUUUCUAUCUCCAUCAGGGUUGCCACCUCUCGUGUCCUUUGUGGGAGACUCGUGAUAUUCAAAGCUCUCUCCCAUGAAGACUUCUCUCGCACCACAUUAUACAAAAUCUCACAUCAUUCAAAAAAUUCUCCCUCAAUGUCACAUCAUGGCAUCCGUGCAGUGCUUGUUAUUGUCAAUAACUGUACAAAUAUACAGAUACAUGUUUCAGAUGGAUGUCAUACAUGUAUAACAUGUUGCCAUAUGAAUGCCCAAUGAUUGUUUUAUGAUAUGACACAAUAGAUAUUUUUAAGCAACACCUUUGGAUCAUCAUGUUUCAACUACUGUCAUUAAUCAGAAUGAAUGGGUGUACAUUUCCACUAGAACUAUUGCCUGGAACUAGCUGAUGUUUGGGGUGUUUUCAAACAAUGGUUCAAGAAAGGGGGGGGGGGGACAGAAAUUUGUCUCCAAUAUCAAUCUUACAUAUUGAUCAAAAAAUUUAUUGUCUACUUACAUCUUAUCACAAAGCUACUGAUGUUGAAACAUAUUUUCUUAUUUAUUUAUUAUUUACUUAUCUAUAUGGCAGUUCAUUUUGUUAUAAAAUAUACAAAGAGCUUGGUGAUAAUCACUGGUAGAUUAAUUAAUGUACCAUACAGAAACAGGAGUCUGACAUGAUUGUCUGCUGAGGGACAAUGAUGUUAACUUUAUCUAAUUUACAACAAUCGCAAAACAAGUUAAAACAAUUGAUAUUGAACUCUUGUUGGCCUGGAGGAAAACACAUUAGAGGUGUUCCUACAUGUGGGGUUAAACUGGGGUCGGGUAGGUACCCGUACCUUUAUCAUCGCUGCAGGUAAUAGGCAAGUGUGUUGCCAAUCUGCUACCCAUCCACAAUUAUGUAUCUUACUGUAAAACUACUUUCAAAUCAAAAUUAAAAAAAAAAAAGGAAGAAAAACAUUCAAAGAAAAAAGGCAAUUUAUUGUUAAUUUACUGAAAUGUUCCAUUCUCUUAAAAAGUUAGGAUUCCUUGAAAUGUGUCUGUCAUAGGUAAUCACCACUCUGUUAAUUAUCUAGGGUGUACUUUAAAUAACCCCUCCAGGGGGACACAACAGAGCCAGAUAUUAUUUCAUCAAUUUUAAAAUUACAUGCCUCUUUUAAAAAAAAACAAUUGAACUUCAUCCAGACCAGGAGGUAAAGAAAUUAGAAGUUCAGCUGUACCUGGGCAUGUACAUGUAUUGGUCAUUAAAAUUCAAUCUCCUGAAAGGAUAUCUUGGUGAAGUGUAUUCCCAUCGGCAAGGUAAUUAUGGUGUAAAACAUAAACUAGAUAUUGUUCUCACACAAGAAGUACAAGAUUUGGCCUACAGCAAAAAUACCAUUGUCAAGUAAUUGAAAAAAAAAAAAAAACAUAUUUGAAUGUUUGAAAUUAGCCUGAAGCGGUAGCAUAUAGUGGGACAAAGCUCAUUUCAUCUUACUGGAUAUAGGUCAUAUUGACCUUUUUAUAAAAAUCGUUGUGUAUGAAUGUUAAUUUUUGUCAAGUAAGCAUGAAUAGCGAAACUUCUGUGAGUGUCUGUGUUAAGAUAAUGUUGUAUUUAACAUAAUCACCUAGGUAUGAACAUUGCGGAUAUACUACUCUUAUUUUACCGACGAAUCCCCUCGCAAAUAUUAACAGCUAUACAGUAUAUAGAAUACCUGGUAGUACACAAGAUGUAUACUGUGUAAAAUAGAUUGUCUUUUCUAAUGUUCAGUAUUUAUCCUGUAAUAAGACUGGGGGCGAGGAUCAGAGGAUGUAGAAAUAGUAUUUGGUAGCAUUUUUAAUGACCAACAAUUCACAGUUGGGCUUAUUGCCAGACAUGGGCUUAUUGACAGGCAUUUGUUAACUACCAGACAUGGGCUUAUUGACAGGCAUAUGUUAACUACCAGAAAUGGGCUUAUUGACAGGCAUAUGCCUAUUACCAGACAUGAGCUAAUUGACAGACAUGGGCUUAUUGACAGGCAUAUGUUAAUUACCAGACAUGGGCUUAUUGACAGGCAUAUGUUAACUACCAGACAUGGGCUUAUUACCAGAAAUGGGCUUAUUGACAGGCAUAUGUUAAUUACCAGACAUGGGCUUAUUGACAGGCAUAUGUUAAUUACCAGACAUGGGCUUAUUGACAGGCAUAUGUUAACUACCAGACAUGGGCUUAUUACCAGACAUGGGCUUAUUGACAGGCAUAUGUUAACUACCAGACAUGGGCUUAUUGACAGGCAUAUGUUAAUUACCAGACAUGGGCUUAUUGACAGGCAUAUGCCUAUUACCAGACAUGAGCUAAUUGACAGGCAUAUGUUAAUUACCAGACAUGGGCUUAUUGACAGGCAUAUGUUAACUACCAGACAUGGGCUUAUUACCAGACAUGGGCUUAUUGACAGGCAUAUGUUAACUACCAGACAUGGGCUUAUUGACAGGCAUAUGCCUAUUACCAGACAUGAGCUAAUUGACAGACAUGGGCUAAUUGACAGACAUGGGCUAAUUGACAGACAUGGGCUUAUUACUAGACAAGGGCUUAUUACCAGACAAGGGUUUAGUAUCAGGCAUGGGCUUAUUGACAAACAUUGGCUUAUUACCAGACAAUUAACAGACAUGGGCUUAUUACCAGACAAGGGCUCAUUAUCAGGCAUGAGCCUAUUGACAGACAUCUGCUUAUUGCUAGAUACAGACUUUUUGCCAUACUAAAUUUGAAUCAAUCUAUUUACAAAGAUGAUCAAUGUACUUGCAAUGAAACUGAGGCAUACGUAAUUAUUAACAAGUAUAUCCAGUGGUGUAUGUCAUGUGACAAGCAUUUCCCUGAACUUCUAGUCUCUAAUUUAUGUAUGUAAAGCUGUUACACGAACCUGUAGUGUUCCUGGAAUAUGUUAAUUUUUUUUCUUCUGCAGUUCAACUUUCGCUUUUUAUAGCCCUCAUUGAUAAAAGUAAAUUAACACAGCUAAUAUAACUACACUGCAUUUAUACAUAGGAAUGUGACAGCAAUAGUCGAUGACUAUUUUGAUUAGUAUAUAUAGUAUUAUCAAUCAAACACAUUCAUAUUUCAAUUAUGUGUGUAUGCAAAACUAGCUUGACAUGUCAUUCAUUACACCAUAUUUCACAUACUUACAUGUUUUACUCUAUAUCAUAUGUACCCUUAAAAAAAGGAUUUGUGAAUCAUUUGGUGUAAUUUAAUUAUUUGAUAAAUAACAGUUUACUCCACAAGUUCUCGAUCUCAUAUAACAACAAAUAUGUUAAUUUCCAUAUUUAUUUCCUGUAACUCAGAUUUAUUAACUUCUAAUCAGUUUUCAGUGCUCUCCAUUACAGUAAAGGUAGGUUAGAUAAAAGUACUUUUUGGAUCAAACAUCAAUGCUGUACAGUCCAAUAGUUCCCUUCCUCGUCCCCCACCCCCAGCCCCCACCCCACAGUUACAGCCCACAGCUACAGCCCCCACCCCCAGCCCCCACGCCACAGCCACAGCCCCCACCCCACAGCUACAGUCCAGUCACAGCCCCCAACCCAAAUUCCUCUCUUUUAUUUGUCCAUUGUUUAUCAUACAAACUACACAUGUUUCUUAUUUGUUUGAUUUUUUCAACAAUUAACAAACUUGUCAUCCACACAUGUGCUGUUCACUGCAAACAACAAAGAAUGUAGAAUUGGAACGUAUGAAGAUAAAUGAAGAUGUUCACCUAACAAUUAAUGCAGAAACACAUUUGUGAAAGUGAUGAAGUGUUAUUUAAUGAAUAUUUCACAACCUUAAUUUAUUAACAGUAUUUUAUAGUUGAUGUUGCGACCAUAUAUAGCAGUGUGGGUCGUGUAUGGAUUGGUAUGACAGGUUGAAUGAUGAAUGACUAUUUUUCAAAAAAUAUUCAGAUUAAAAGUCAAUAAUAAAGUUGAUAUGCAAAGUAAA